AUGUUUUGUCCCCAUAAGAAUUCAUAUCUGCAGCUCGUUUGUGCUAUAAAUCCGAGAGUCAUCAACAAAGCCGUGGAUCAGGCCAUGCAGAAAGAACACUUCGAUCUCCAUACUGAUCGCCCUCCAGCUAAGAGACUGGAAUCCAUGCAACCGUCUCUUUAUGCACCUCAUGUGGAUAUAACCAGAGCAUCUUUAGGUUUUGAACGUGUUGGUCUUAGACUCAUUAACAGGGACCUACACUCGCCCGAUCAUUUGAAGCAAUUACAGGCAAUACAUAGUAUUCUAGACCAGGUAAAAAUUUCAGAGAACGCUUUGUUUCUCAUAGAUCUCCAAGUUGUCUAUCGACUGAUUGACCUGAUGUUGCACAAAAAUCCGGUGAUACGGGAAAAGGUCUGCAUCAUACUAUCAUCGCUUUGUAACUAUUAUCAAGGAAGGAAGCAAAUAAUGACAAAACUUGCCGUCAUCGAGAAUCUUAUUUGGCUUAUAAUGCGAGAUCGCAGAGAGAUUAGGUACGCAGCGGCAUACACAUUGAGGUCUUUAACUAGAGACAGAUGUUCCAGCGAAUAUAUUCUACAAGGCGAAAAGAUAAUAGAAAAUUUGCUUAAAAUGAUAAAACACGAACAUGUCGGUAUCGUCGUACUGCAUUUGAAGACAUUGGAACAUCUUUUCGAAUGGGACCAAGAGAGACCGCUGAAAGCGAACGCGUUCAGACUUAUGGUGAAGUUGUUCGAAAGUAAAGAUCCUAGAAUAGUGAGCCGUUCGAUGGAUUGCUUGACGCAGCUGUGCAAACAUGAUGUAGGGAAAAAGUUAGCCGAUGCAUACGACUUGACAUUCACGCUAAAACCUUUCCUCAUGUCAUCGGCUUUAGAAAUCAAAAUAAGCGCGGUCGGUCUCAUGGAGUACACAACCGUGACGACUCGAUCUAAAUGGAGGGCCAAGGAAUGUUGUCUGGACCUGACCAAGCGUCUAGUAGUAUUGUGCCACUGCCCUAACAUACCUCUGCUUCAGUUGAGGAGCAUGCAAGUACUGAUCAAUCUCUGCGACUGCCCCGACAUCAGACAUCACAUGAAGUUACAUUGGGAGAAGAAAAUUGAGGCCAUAAAAAUACGAAGCCACGAACAAUGGGACGGAACUUCGGAAACCACGAGCUACUGCUUCGAAACAGGCCAUAACUAUAGAACCAUGUGUAUCGAAGGAGUUGAGACCAUAAAGAAUGAUUAUGGGGACAACGCACACGUUAUAAACGUUCACAGCUAUUUGCGACGUCUACACGAAAAGAAAUCACAGCUUCUUUACGCCAUCAAUUGGAAAUCCUAUAGAGAUUAA